AUGCGAUGCGCGAGCAAGGCCGCCGAGAGCGCGUCCGCAAGUCUCUGUGCGGACGCCGAAGCAGAAACCACAGCAACUGAUGUCUCAUCGGUUGCUGAAGCGACCCAGCCUGUGUCACUUGGUGAUGCAGGCGCUCGUCAUGAAGACACUCAUGUCUUCACAGAGUAUGAACUCGGUGUCUCAUACUCUCCCGAUACUGAAGACGGAUCCGUAUCGACGGCGAUCGAAUCCAAGCCUCCUGCCAAGCGUGGUAUGGAUGAUGCUACGCAUCGUAGCAUCUUUGGUUCAUCUGAUGGAUCAGGUGAACCAUCGCCGAAGCGAAGGCGCUCGAGAUAG